CACGGAUUCUCAGUCGCCAUCAUAUAUUCAAAAAACCACCGCGGUGAGCGUUGGGAACACACCAUGGCCGAUGACAAUGCUUCCUCAGCAGCCCAGUCCCCUAUGGAGGCCGAAGAGAAAUUGGUGGAUUCCCUCGUCCAGGGUCGCGCGAGGCGAAGUACCGCAGGGCGCAACAUGUCUGCUCUUAUCGAUGCGGAAGCAGACGAUGACUUGGCACUACUAUUUGCAGAAACGGAGGAUGAUAAUGAAUUCACAAUCGAUGCAGACGUUGACGUUGCAGAGGAAGACGAUAUGCGCCUCGAGUCCUCCUCCGAGGACGAGGAUGAUCAGGGCCCAAACGCCCCGGAGGAUGAGCUGGAAGGCGAAAUGGAGCUCGAAAAGCAAGCUAAAGCUGAUCGCAAAAAACGCAAAGCGCAAGAAGGCCUUAGGCUUCAAGCACUACGAAAGAAGGUAAAGAUCGAUCCGACCGCCGUUUCCACUUCAACGCCUACCCCCCGGCCCAGGAAAAAGUCAGAGCGGAUCUCAUGGUUGCCUACUCCCGAAGAAGGACCUACACGAUCAUCUUCCCGUCGACAGACAAUGCAGAACAAACAGAUUACCCACGCGAGACUUAAAGACAGCGAGGAAAAGCGCAUUCGACUUAUAGCCAGUAUGGAGGAGGCAGCAAAGAAGAAGGCACUACAGAAACCGAAAGAGAUGACUCAGGAAGAACGUUUAGCAGAGGCAGAGAGGGUUGAGCGACUCAACAGCAAGAGUUUGAAUCGGUGGGAGGAGAUGGAGAAAAGGAAAGCGGAGGAGAGACGGGCGAAAAUUGAAGCUCUCCAGAAUCGUCGACUUGAGGGGCCUGUCAUGUCUUGGUGGAGUGGUAUUGCGACGUGGACGAACGGCGUUUUGACGCGCCUUGGGAAGGUCGAUGUCACAUUGAAACCCAAGGAGGAGACAUCACGAAAGAAGACCAAGAAAGCGGAAAAGGAGAAGGGUGAGACAGGCCAGACCGUCACUAAUGCCGGCGUUUUGGAGAAACCAUCCGAACCUGUUCCUGAAACCCCUGUUCCAACAGGGCCUGAUGAAGCAGAUACUACAAAACAGGAUCAUGAAGAUCAACAGAACUCCACUGUCACUAAGGACAAUGAGGUUCCAGCGGAAAACCGCCAUCUCCCAGAUGCCGUGCAAGAAAACCCGACAACUCAGCAAACACCUGAGGCCAAAACAACUGUUACGAUUCUACCAGCCCAAAUACCAUCGUUUGCACCCACUGCACCUGAUUCGAACGUAACAUUGAGCUCAGCCCCGCAACCCUCAGAGGCAGAGACACCAAAAGACAUAGCUAGUAACCAAUUGACUGGCCAAGCUGUAAAGGAAAGUGAGGCAGUACCAGCAGUAUCUGCAGAUGCAGAGUCGGAGAAGAACGAAGGAAUCCCGGCUACGGAUGCAGAAGCAACAGCGAUGCAAACGCCAGAGCAACCACCAGGGACAAGCCCCGGGAAGUCAAAUCUACCAUCGCCAUCUCAAGAAGGCAAGCAGGACAUUGUCCCCGAAGACCCUGUCCCUGAAUCAUCAACAUCUACCCAGCCGGCGCCUAGUCCGGCCCCAACUCGUGUAGAGCCACCAGCUCUUGUUUCUCCUGCACCUACUGUAAUAGUAUCAGCUCUAGAACAAGAUGCAACACCUGCAGCUGUCCAGCCGAAACCGACUGAAACCCAGAUUCACGCCGAUCAACAACAUCUAGUUGAGAGCGAAAACGCACCAAAACUCGAAGCGCCGCUGCCAGCUCCUCCGACAAUUGAACACACAGGACGGAAUCUCAUUGUACUCGAGAACUUCGAUGACAGGACCGCCCACGACCACGAAUACAGCAUCUACUUCAACUCCAAAAAGCCACCCAGGCUUUCCAGUAUGUGUUCUUUUUGUAGAGAGAAAAUUCUUUUGCCCAAAGAUACGCAGAACUGACAGCCACAACAGAAAUUUCAUCAUCCCUCUGUGUUAUCACAUCCCUCCCUUCUCGGUAUCGUGACCCUGACACUUCCCUGCCAUACGCGAACGCCUAUGCGUACCGCGAAAUCCGGCGAGCAGUCUCACAGAAUUAUAUCUGGAGUACUAUGCUUGGCUGCUAUGUGAGUCCUGUCGGGGUCGCUGCCAAGGGAGUCCCCGAAAGAUUCCUUAGAGGUGAUCAGACUAAUUUCAGCGGGAACAGUAAGGAAGGUCGACGAGAUAUUGGCGAUGAUCAUGAUCCUACUGCCCGGGAAAGGGAGGCAGAGAAGGAGAAAGAGACGGUUGCUAGUGGAAACAAUGAUGUUCCCGCCCCUGCUUCUGCUCCUGUUACAGUCGAAGCAAUUACGGCGAUGGAUAUUGAUAAGAAAUGAGUUUCACGAUGAGCUCGGUGUACAUCUGUGGUCUAUUCCUCUUCCUUAUUGACGGUUUCUGAUAUAGUCUAAUUGAGAUACCCAAAUACACG